AUGUCUUUCUUAGCGGGUUAUAGGAAAGAGGUGCUUGUUAGGGUCGCGACGGAGAUGGGGGAAACGUUGGAAGGGAACGAGACGAUAGUUAGAUUAAAAUCUAUCAUCACGGGAAGCGAGCAGUACGAUGAAAUAUUCGUGAAACAACUUGCUGAUCAGGAGAAAGAACAGGUCGCAGAAGCACGCGAACUUGAAUUAAAAGAGCAGGAAAGAUUACGCGAACUCGAGGAAAAAGAGCGAGAACGGCAGGAAAAAGAGCGAGAAAGGCAGGAAAAAGAGCAAGAACGGCAGUACGAACUCGAACAACGGCAGUACGAACUCGAACGGCUGAAAUUAGCUAAUCAGGCUACCUCGCGCGAAUCUUUAGGUAGUAGAGAUUCGGGAAACAGAAGUAGUAUCCGUAUCAGCCAUGUUAUGGAUAAAUUCAAAGGCGAAGGUGAGGAUAUUACCUUGUUUUUAAGUGUAUUUGAGGCGCAUGCUCGUCAGCUCGACAUUGCGCCGGUAGAAUGGGUCAGUCAAUUAAUGGGAUUGCUUCCCAAUGAAAUAAAUACAUGGUUAGUUGUAGGAUCAGAUUCUUCAGAGCAGGAUUAUAAUCAAAUCAAAACGCAGCUUUUGGAUAUGUACAAAUUCACGCCUGAAAAAUGUCGUCAGAUGUUUUGCAGUCAUGCAAAGGGUGCGAAAACUACAUGGAAUGUUUAUGCUCGCGAACUGACGAACUAUUGCCAGAAAUGGAUUUCAGGGUUGAAAGUUGAAACUUAUGAUCAAUUAUUAGAUUUGAUUGUCACCGAUCAGAUGAAACGGAAGGUGCCGGCGGACAUACGUGCCCAUUUCGUAGAUGUUUGGGGCGAGGUUUCGCAGUCCCAAGAUCUGGCGCGUAGGCUGGACACCUACGAAAACAAUAGGUCUAGUGCGUAUAGGAAAGAUUUUUCUAAGGUUAAUCACAAGGAGCCUGUGGGGGAACAAAAGUGGAAAAAGGUGACGGAGAGCGUGCCCUCCACUUCUAAGCCCGCAGCGCCCAAGGCAGAUAGGAACGCGGAAUUCGACAAGCCGCAGGAACGCACGUGCUAUUUAUGUAAAAAACCGGGGCACAUUAAGAAAUACUGCCCUCAGCUCAAAUCAAGCGAGAAAAUGUGUCACGUUGUCGACACCAGUGCGCAGGAAUUGUUGCUUCCUCACACGUUUUUCGGCACG